GGGAGAUGGAUCGGGUGGCCACCUUGGAGCUCAGGUCUGUGGACCUGCAGAGUCCCAGGAACAACAAGGAGCACCACACGCAGGAGAUGGGCCUGAAGCGGCUCAUCCUGCGCCGCGGCCAGCUCUUCACCCUGCAGCUGGGCUUCAACAGACCCUUCCAGCCCCAGACUGACACCAUCAGCUUCGUGGCUGAGACUGGACCUGAGCCCUCAGAGCUGCUGGGGACCCAGGCCACAUUCUUACUCACCCAGACCCAGCAUGGGAAUGUCUGGAGUGCUUCUGACUUCACCAUUGACUCCAACUCUCUCCAAGUCUCCCUUUUCACACCAGCCAAUGCAGUCAUUGGCCCUUACACUCUGAAGAUAGAGAUUUCUCAGGGCCAAGGUCACGGUGUAACUUACCCUCUGGGGACUUUCAUCCUGCUUUUUAACCCUUGGAGUGCAGAGGACGAUGUCUACCUGCCAAGUGAAAUACUGCUGCAGGAGUAUAUCAUGAGGGAUUAUGGCUUUGUCUACAAGGGUCAUGAAAGAUUCAUCACCUCCUGGCCCUGGAACUUCGGGCAGUUUGAAGAGGACAUCAUAGAUAUCUGCUUUGAGAUCUUGAACAAGAGCCUGUACUACCUAGAGAACCCAUCCAAAGACUAUUCGCAGCGGAACGACGUGGUAUAUGUGUGCAGGGUGGUGAGCGCUAUGAUCAACAGCAACGACGACAGUGGCGUGCUGCAGGGGAACUGGGGCGAGGACUACUCCCGAGGGGUGAGCCCGCUGGAGUGGAAUGGCAGCGUGGCCAUCCUGCGGCAGUGGUCGGCCAGGGGCGGGCAGCCCGUGAAGUACGGGCAGUGCUGGGUCUUUGCAUCUGUUAUGUGCACCGUAAUGAGAUGCUUAGGUGUUCCAACUCGUGUCAUUUCCAACUUCCGUUCUGCACACAAUGUGGAUAGGAACUUGACCAUCGACACCUACUAUGACCAAAAUGCAGAGAUGCUGCCAACUCAGAAACAAGACAAAAUAUGGAACUUCCACGUCUGGAAUGAGUGCUGGAUGAUCCGGAAAGAUCUCCCGCCAGGAUACAAUGGGUGGCAGGUUCUGGACCCCACUCCCCAGCAGACCAGCAGCGGGCUGUUCUGCUGCGGCCCUGCCUCUGUGAAGGCCAUCAGGGAAGGGGAGGUCCACCUGGCCUAUGACACCCCUUUUGUGUACGCGGAGGUGAAUGCCGACGAAGUCAUUUGGCUCUUCAGGAAUAGCCAGGCUCAGGAAGUCCUGGUGCACAACACCAGCUCCAUCGGGAAGAAGAUCAGCACCAAGAUGGUGGGGUCAGACCAGCGCCAGGACAUCACCAGCUCCUACAAGUAUCCAGAAGGAUCCUCUGAGGAGCGAUCUGUAUUCAUGAAGGCUUCCAGGAAAAUGCUGGGCCCAAAUAGAACCUCUUCAUCCUUCCUGGAUCUCUUGGGAUCUGGGGGUUUUGAGGGUCAUCCAGUGCGGCUGCAGCUUCACCUGGCCAGGACGCCUGAGUGGGGCCAGGACGUGCUGCUGAUGCUGCGUGUCCAGAGGGUAUCACACAGAGCCCACCUUCAGGGGCCCAUCCGACUGGUGGUGCGCUUCUGUGCCCAGGCCCUGCUGCACGGGGGUGGCACCCGGGAGCCCCUGUGGAGGCACAUGAUGCAACUGAACCUGGACUUUGGGAAGGAGACACAGUGGCCACUCCUGCUGCCCUACAACAAUUACAGAAACAAGCUAACAGAUGAAAAGCUGAUCCGUGUGUCUGGCAUCGCUGAGUUUGAAGAGACAGGGAGGUCCAUGCUGGUCCUAAAAGAUAUCUCCCUGGAACCUCCCCACUUAUCUAUUGAGGUGUCUGAGAGGGCUGAGGUGGGCAAGGCACUGAGAGUCCACAUCACCCUCACCAACACCUUAACAGUGUCUCUGAGUAACUGCACGAUGGUGUUGGAGGGAAGUGGCCUCAUCGAUGGGCAGAUAGUAAAUGACCUUGGGACUCUGAUGGCUGAACACACCAUCCAAAUUCAACUGGAUCUCUACCCCAUCAAAGCUGGACCCCGUCAGCUACAAGUCCUCAUCAGCAGCAACGAGGUCAAGGAGAUCAAGGGCUACAAGGACAUCCUGGUCGCCCCAGCUAGAGCUUCCUGAGCCUGCUGCCCCUGGUGGUCCCCAGCACCCCUGGCCCUGCCGUGCUCUUUCCUACUCCUGAAUAUGUUGUCCUUGCUCCACUUCUGUCCUCUUCCCAGACUGCCUGGGACUGAAUGAAGCUUUCUUCGAACCACUGUGCACUCUGGGAAGAGACAAUAAAGACGUCUUUGUUU